GGAGUCUCGGCGGAAUGUUCAGCCACCAAGAAAUAAAACCACUCCUCUUUUUCCCCUGUUUUACCCACUCUACCCGAAGUAACCCCACUGAUUCAUCGACCUGCUAAAAUGGAAAAUGGCGGCGCGGAAUCGCUGCCGCCGCGGCCUAAGGUAGGAGUGGCGGUGAUCCUGUUAAAUGGGAAUAAGGUGCUGUUAGGACGGCGCCUCUCUCCCGUCGGCCACAACACCUUCGCCCUUCCCGGCGGCCACCUCGAGUUCGGGGAGAGUUUUGAAGAAUGUGGGGCAAGAGAGGUAAGAGAAGAGACAGGACUAGACAUUGACAAGGUUGGGUUCUUAACAGCCAUCAACAAUGUGAUGGUCCCAGAGAGAGUUCAUGUUGUUUGUGUGCUCCUACGGGCAACCAUUCCUCCAGGGCAGAACACAGUGCCCCAAAAUCUGGAGCCAGACAAGUGUGGGGGUUGGGACUGGUAUGACUGGGACAACCUCCCAAACCCUCUCUUCGGACCCUUGGAGGACGCCCUCCGGUCUGGUCUUAAUCCCUUCCCUCCAAAUUUAUCACAGAAAUAAAUAAGAAAAUAUGUGUACUAAUUAGCACUAAAAUUUAAGUUAUUUCCCUAAAAAGUACUCAAACUGUUUUAUUUUCUAAAUACUACUUAAUAAUGUUAAUAAUGUCUAGUGAUGGCGAACAUUUACUUGAAUAAUGACUAAAAGUGAUA